AUGGCAUCUUCAACAUCUUCACGCGAUACCCCAACUGCUGGACAGCCAGCGGCAGCUCCGAAGAAGGAACAGACCAAGCUCCCAGCAUUCAAGGUCACAAAGCCAGGCGUGAAGCGUGGUCUUAAGAAGCUUCCGAAGGCUCUUCAGAGGCCAUUGCGUCCGUCCGGCAAACACCCCCCUAUCAAGAUCGCAGCCAACGGAUUAGUCGACGUUCAAGAUCCCCCUUCCUACUUGGUGGUCGCUUUCAAGCGCAACAAUGCUGAGUCGCCGCUUCUGCGUCUAGACAAGAGCAUUCGUAAGAAGAUUUGGGAGUAUGCCAUGGGCGGACACACGAUUGAGGUCAAGGCCCGCAAGGUCGAACCCACCGAAAAGCCCGCCCCAACUGCUGCAGCUAGUGACACUGGCUCUGCGUACGUUGGCAAAAUUGCUCACCAUGGUCCAAAGCGCACUCAGCCGAGGGCCGCCUUCCACCUUCCCGAAGUCUGCCGCGCCAUAUACCAGGAGACUGCGACACUCGGCUACUCGACCAACCAAUUCGCGUUCGUUGGUGAGGUUUGGGCUAAGUUCGGACGAGAGAAUGGACCCGACGGUGCGCUCGAAGGCUGGUGUCGAGAGCUCGUUCCGGCUCAGGUCGACGCCGUCACCAUCAUCCGGCCCCAUUGGCAUGAUCUACAGGACUACCUCGACAAGAACAACAAGAGAAGUUUCAAGCAGCUCUUUCCGAAUCUCAAGCAGCUUCGCGUGCCAUCCCGUGUCGUCAACUGCGAUGCUAAGUGGCCCUGCCGCGGCGAUCCCAUGCGCAAGCACUUGCGUCAACAAGCCAAGGACCGUAUCGCUACGCUGAUCAAGCAACAGGAGGGUGAUGAUGUCACGGCUGUCUUCUUAGAUUGA